AAGUUUUGCGACCGUGCCGGCAGAGAGGCAUUGCGCCAGGUUCCCUGGGAGAGCGCGGAGCGGAAGCGGAAGCAGAUACGCUGGCGCCGGCGGCGGGGUGGCCAGGAACGGAAGCGGAAGUGGCGGCGGCGCCGGCCUGGCCUGGCCUGGCUGAAGGGAGGCGGCAGGCUGGCGCGAUGGCGGAGGCCGGGCCACAGGCGCCGCCGCCCCCGGGUACUCCAAGCCGGCAUGAGAAGAGCUUGGGACUUCUCACUACCAAGUUCGUGUCGCUUCUGCAGGAGGCCAAGGACGGCGUGCUUGACCUCAAGCUGGCAGCUGACACCCUAGCUGUGCGCCAGAAGCGGCGGAUUUACGACAUUACCAACGUGCUGGAAGGUAUUGGGCUGAUCGAGAAAAAAUCCAAGAAUAGCAUCCAGUGGAAGGGUGUGGGGCCUGGUUGCAAUACCCGGGAGAUUGCGGACAAGCUGAUUGAGCUCAAGGCAGAGAUCGAGGAGCUGCAGCAGCGAGAGCAAGAACUGGACCAGCACAAGGUGUGGGUGCAGCAGAGCAUCCGGAACGUCACAGAGGACGUACAGAACAGCUGCUUGGCCUACGUGACUCAUGAGGACAUCUGCAGAUGCUUUGCUGGAGACACCCUCCUGGCCAUCCGGGCUCCAUCGGGCACCAGCCUGGAGGUACCCAUCCCAGAGGGCCUCAAUGGGCAGAAGAAGUACCAGAUUCAUUUGAAGAGUGUGAGUGGCCCCAUCGAGGUGCUGCUGGUGAACAAGGAGGCAUGGAGCUCGCCGCCUGUGGCAGUGCCUGUGCCACCCCCUGAAGAUCUGCUCCAGAGCCCACCUGCUGUCUCUACCCCUCCAACUCCACCCAAACCUGCUAUGGCCCUGACCCAGGAUGCCUCACGCCCAAGUAGUCCCCAGAUGACUACCCCCACCUGUGUACCCGGCAGCAUCGAAGCCCAAGGGGUGACCAGUCCAUCAGCUGAAAUCACAGUGAGUGGCGGCCCUGGAACCAAUAGCAAGGACAGUGGUGAGCUCAGCUCACUUCCGCUGGGCCCGACAGCACUGGACACUCGGCCACUGCAGUCCUCUGCCCUGCUGGACAGCAGUAGUAGCAGCAGCAGCAGCAGCAAUAGCAGUUCAUCUGGACCCAACCCUUCUACCUCCUUUGAGCCCAUCAAGGCAGACCCCACAGGUGUUCUGGAACUCCCCAAAGAACUGUCAGAAAUCUUUGAUCCCACACGAGAGUGCAUGAGCUCAGAGCUGCUGGAGGAGCUGAUGUCCUCAGAAGCCUGGUGUUUUCUGCAGUGUUUGCCCCUCUUCUCCGCCUUUCUCCGCCCCCUGGAGACCAUGAUUACAUCUACAACCUGGACGAGAGUGAAGGUGUCUGUGACCUCUUUGAUGUGCCUGUUCUCAACCUCUGACUGACGGGGGACAUGCCCUGUGUGGCUGGGACACAGACUGUCUAACCUGAGGGCUGCUUGGGGACCUCCCCCCAUCCCACUCCUACCCAGCUUGAGAGCCACAGACUCCUGGCUUCCCCAGCCUUCCUGACUGCACAGUUCUGGCCAAAACUCCCACUACACCACCGGCACCAGUACAGGGCUGGGAGAGCAGGGGAAAGGGGCUCAGGGGAAAGGGGAAAGGUCUCCUCCAUGGUGGAGCCAGAAUAUUUGCCUCUCCUGUACUGUGGCUUUCCCUACCUUGUGCCCUCCCCGAGCCCAGGCUCGGCUGCUACACCUAGUGUCACAGAAUGAAAACCCGAAUUCACGCCGUAGAGCAACUUGUUCCUGCCAGGUCCUCCCCCUCAGGGAGGGAAGCUGGGGUGGAGCGGAGCACUUGCCAGCACCACCCCUAGCCUCCUUCACUUCUUCCCACCCCGUGACCCUACAGCACCUCCUGCACCUCUCCUGUAUCUCCCUUCUGCCUGGCCUUUAGCCUUGAGAACCUGUAGGUGGUGGUGGUGGGUGCUAACAGAAAGGAGCAGAGGUCUCUAGCUAGGAAUCUGGGCAGGUGAGUCCCUGAGGAUUGGCCCAACCUCCUGCUGUCCCAUAGCCCACCUCUAUUCAUUUACCCUCAUUUAGAGCCAUUUGCAGAGAUUUAGAAAGAUUUGCAGUAACAAUGGAUUCCUAUAUAAAGAUUAUUUUUAUACUUUUUGCAGCAAAAGAAAAUUGUAAUAUUUGUACAGUGUCCAAGUGAAUAAAGAUCUUGCCUAAG